AUGGCGCCUGCCACUCCCUCGGGCUCCUCCUCCGUGGGGACCGGAAUCCCCGAAGCUCAUCUGGCUCUGUUACAGGACAAUGUUGAUGAUAGCCUCAUGAGCGACUUCGCCACAGCGCCCUUGUUCACAGAGAAUGUUCGCCGAGCCGUCGACUAUGAGUCACCUGGCUCUGACGACAAGCCACUCUUCACUCAGUACGGGCUGCUUGGCGGUGAUGUUACCGGUGGUAACCUUGACCGCCUUGAGAGCGGAGACCUGGAUCCUCGUGUGUUCUACAACACCGCGGCUCCCUCAAGUACUUUCAUCUGUGGCAGCCAAGGUUCUGGAAAGAGCCACACCCUGUCUGUCCUGCUGGAGAAUUCGCUGGCCAGAUCUGUCGCCAAUGUGCUGCCACGGCCCUUGACCGGCCUGCUCUUCCACAGAGAUAGCUUCGUGUCCGAGACGGCCGGCGCACCAUGCGAGGCCGCGUACCUGUCGUCCAACCGGGAUAUCAGCGUCCGGGUUCUGUGCGCACCAUCUAAUAUUAUGAAUAUCCGCCGGAUCUACAGCAGACUCCCAAACGUGACCGUGGAGGAGCUCCGUAUCAACCAGUCCGACCUGAACACGAGCCGCAUGCUCGGCCUUAUGGCAUUUCACACGGGGAAGGACGGCGGGAUGCCUCUGUACUUGUAUGUGGUGAACCGGAUUCUCCGAGACUUGCGCAUUGAGCAGCAGAGAAGCGGACUGGCGUUCAACUAUGGCAAAUUCAAGGCCACAAUCGCCGAGGAAGCCAUGAUUGACAGUCAACUGCUUCCACUUCAACAAAGGCUGGAGACACUGGAAAGUUUCAUGGUCAAGGACCAGGCGCCACAGUAUAAACUUGGUAUGAAGAAGCAACAGCCCCAGAAGCAAGCACAAAAGGGAAAAAAAUCAUCCAUGAAUGGGGAGGAUGUUGCGAAAGGUAACAUCUGGUUUCCCAAGUCGGGCCAGCUGACGAUUGUCGACCUCUCCUGCCCAUGCAUCACGGCCGAGAUUGCUUGCUCCCUCUUUGGAAUCUGUCUCAGUUUGUUUCUUGAGCAAUCGUCAGACAUCGGCCGGAUUGUCGCCCUGGACGAAGCACACAAGUUCAUGAAUGACAGCCUUGAAUGCGCGUCCCUCACGGACGGACUCUUGCACACGAUCCGCAUGCAGCGGCACAUGGCUGUCCGGGUCAUCAUUUCCACCCAGGAGCCGACCAUUUCAACCAAGCUCCUAGAUCUCUGCUCGAUGACCAUCGUCCAUCGGUUCACGUCCCCAGAGUGGCUCCUUGCCCUCAAGAAGCAUCUCGCAGGCGCAUCGAAGCACACCAAGGUCGACCCGGACGGUCCUUUGGAAGCAACCGGCUCUAGCGACGUGGGUGUUCGCCCCCUGGUUUUGAAGGGCGACGAUUACAUGUCUGCUCUGUUUUCCCAAAUCGUCUCACUUCGGACCGGCGAGGCUCUCGUCUUUGCACCCAGCGCCGUCAUCGAUGUUGAGCUCAACCCCUGCGACGAAGCAGUGAACGACGGGGUUGUUGAUGGAAGCGGCCAGGAGGUGCUCGAACCUGCUGUCGAUUCCGGAGCCAAGCUUUAUGCAGAAUCCGACAUCGCCUCCAGCCCCAAGAGCAGUGUCGAAGGUGCUUUCUCUACGUCGGAUGCGUAUUCCAGCGACGGGUCUGAGUACUUUGCCAGUCCUAGGAAACUCGGAGAUGGUGUUCUGAAGCUGCGUAUCCGUAUGCGGGUGACAGCCGACGGUGGAAGAAGCGUCAUGGCUCAGUGA